UUCUACAUUUCGUCAAUAUAAAAAUGACCGGUUGGCAUGAAGUUAGGCGCCCAACUAUAACAUUGCAUAAAUACAUUGAACAAUUUCAUUUUAUCUCUCAGCGAAUCAAAGGCUCCCUAAUAUCCCUGAAAACCCAGUUUGCCUUCUUUGAAAUUCUUAUCGGCCAUUUUUCAUUUCAUCUUUUCCCUCUUUCUAACUCAUGAAAUAUUUCACAGAAUAAUCAAAAGACAUUUUUUCAGGUCCGUACCAGGAAAUCAUAGUUAUGAAUCGUUGCGAUUACUUCGAACUUACCACAGCUAUCAAAUCUUUGCCAUGUCCUGGAAACGAACUCGAUAUGUCAAUUAAGUAUAGCUUUAUGUAACUGACCUCAACUUUUGCAAAAUAGAGGCGGUAUAUUAAUGCAAUUGAGGCUGAAAUUUCCCUCCUUCUCUAUCGAAAAGCGAUCAAGCAUCUAUUAUAUUUAUCGAGCUUGGUUCUUCUGGCUGAUAUUACAACUCAAAAAGUUAAAGUUCAAAAAUUCCAUCUCAGUAGUAGCAUUCAUUGAUUUCUUACCACCAUACUGACCCAACUGAUAAAUAUGGGCCCUGAAUUUUUCUCCAGUCUUUCCAGUUAUUGAUUGAUUUCUGCUACAAAGUCCAAGCUUGAAUUCAGUAGUGUCAUAUGGCUAACUUCGUCUUCUAUUCUUGCCUCAUAUUUUGGACCACGAUAACUCGCCCUUCUCAAUCAAAAGCAGUCAACCCAGACGAGGACAAACUUACGCAGUUUUUGGACAAUCUGCUGGUGGGGUAUGACGGGAGAAUUAGACCCAACUUCAACGGAGACCCUGUGGACGUGGAGUUGUCCAUCCAUGUAUUAUCUCUCGGCUCAAUCGCAGAAACAACAAUGGACUACAAGGCGACCAUUUUCCUGCGUCAGAUGUGGGUGGACCCCCGACUACAGUUCACAGAGUACAACACGUCAGUGAGUCUGACGCCCUCGUUCCUGAAGAAACUGUGGGUGCCAGACACCUUCAUCAUCAACGAGAAGGCGGCCAACUUCCAUCAGAUCACCACCGAUAACAAACUGCUGAGACUCAAACCCAAUGGGGAGCUUCUAUACAGUGCCAGGAUCACGUUGACUCUGAGUUGUCCCAUGCAGCUGCAAUACUUCCCCAUGGACCAACAGAAGUGCGUCAUCACACUCGAGAGCUAUGCGUACACCACUUCGGACAUCCAGUUCAAGUGGAGUGGGGGAGUGGAGGAGGGGUCGAGUGCUGCCCUGGAUCUGGACAAGGAGAUCAACUUGCCACAAUUUCACAUUACCAACUACUCCACCCAAGUCUGCACGCGCAACUAUGCCACAGGCGCGUAUCCUUGCCUGGAAGCGCAGUUCUUCCUAAAGCGACUGAUGCGAUACUACUUGAUCCAGACAUACGUGCCCAGUUUCCUCAUCGUCACCCUCUCCUGGGUGUCCUUCUGGAUCUCGGCCGAGGCAUCUCCAGCCAGAGUGGCACUAGGCAUCACUACUGUGUUGACAAUGACCACACAAAGCUCAGGAGUGCUACAGUCUCUACCUAAGGUGUCGUAUGUAAAGGCUAUUGACCUGUGGAUGGCUGUGUGUCUCCUGUUCGUGUUUGCCGCCCUCAUCGAGUUCGCCAUCGUCAACUACUUCUCCCGCAAAAUGGCCAGCAGACGACACAAAAAGGCAGUCGAGAAAGCGAAUAAGAGAGAAAAAUCGGCAAAUAGGCAGAAAGUAUCGGGAGACGUCUAUUUGUGUCUGACAGAUGUCUCUCCCCGUAAAGAAGAACUCCACAAACGACAUGUCACUGACUGUAACGGAACAAACGGGACUAAUGGAACAUCAGAGCAGUCUGUUCAAAUUCAAUUGGACGAAAAAGAAGCGGAAACUCAGCCAAUCGCAACAAUCGGAAUGGCGCCGCCUCCUCCGAAAGAAGAUUUGACAAAUUUGAUUGACUCAUUCAGCCGCGUUGCUUUUCCGACGGCGUUUUUGUUUUUCAAUAUUUUGUAUUGGGUCGCAUAUUUGUCUGAGUAGUUAAUCGUCAUAUUCUGAACAAUGUAAAACUGAAAGUUAUGAUUAUAAGUUCGGUUAUGUAGCCAAUUUCCAAUUAUUAAUAAGUCCAAUAAAUUAGCCAUCCAUUAGAAUUUUAAAAAUCAUAAAAAACAGCUUAAAACUAUGUUCAUAGUGUUUGCUAAUGCUAAAAUGUAGAGAAUUUGA